AUGAAUACAAUGCAGAUUUAUGAUGUGACCGCGUAUUUGGAUGACCAUCCUGGGGGUGCUGAUGUUCUGCUUGCCGUGACUGGUAUGGAUGGCACCGACGAAUUUGAAGAUGCGGGCCACAGCAAGGAUGCCAAGGCGUUAAUGAAGGAUUACUUCAUUGGGGAGUUGGACUUGGACGAAGCACCUGACAUGCCUGAGAUGGAGGUUUUCAGGAAAGAGCAGGACAAGGACUUCGCCAGCAAGCUGGUGGAUUACGCUGUGCAGUACUGGGCCAUUCCGGUAGCAGCAGCCGGGAUAUCAGCCGUGGUUGCCAUAUUGUAUGCACGGAGGAAGUGA